ACUCCAGAGUCACCUGCAAGAUGCUGGUGGUCCUGCUCACAGCAGCCUUGCUAGUCCUGAGCUCAGCUCAGGGCGUAGAUGAAGAAGUCAUCUAUGAAGACUCAUCUCAGCAGUUAGAGUUAGAGCAGCAGAGCCAGGGACAUGGCCAACAUCAUCCAAAACCACCUCCUGGUGGAUUGCCCCCAAGACCUCCUGCUUCUGAUGAAAAUGGUGAUGGUGAUGAUAACGAUGAUGGUGAUGAUGAUGGCAGUGGGGAUGAUGUAAACAGACCAGAGAGACCACCGCAGCACGGAGGCAAUCACCACCAUCCUCACCAUCCACCCCCAGCAGCAGGCCCUCAGAGACCCCCACAGCCUGGAAGUCCUCAAGGCCCGCCCCCUCCUGGAGGCCCACAGCAAAGACCCCCUCAAGGACCACCCCCACAAGGAGGCCCUCAGAGACCCCCACAGCCUGGAAGUCCUCAAGGCCCGCCCCCUCCUGGAGGCCCACAGCAAAGACCCCCUCAAGGACCACCCCCACAGGGAGGCCCUCAGAGACCCCCACAGCCUGGAAGUCCUCAAGGCCCGCCCCCUCCUGGAGGCCCACAGCAAAGAGCCCCUCAAGGACCACCCCCACAGGGAGGCCCUCAGAGACCCCCACAGCCUGGUAGCCCUCAAGGCCCGCCCCCGCCUGGAGGCCCACAGCAAAGACCCCCUCAAGGACCACCCCCACAGGGAGGCCCUCAGAGACCCCCACAGCCUGGUAGCCCUCAAGGCCCGCCCCCUCCUGGAGGCCCUCAGCAAAGACCCCCUCAAGGACCACCCCCACAGGGAGGCCCUCAGAGACCACCUCAACCUGGAAACCCACAAGGACCACCCCAGCAGGGAGGCCAGCAACAGUCAAGUUUCCUGUGGUCAUUUUCUGCAUAACCAUCUGGUUUCUGAGCAGAGAGAAGGUGAACAAAAGACAGAUGCCUUCAAUAUCAUUCCUGUAGAAAAGUGAUUCCAAUAAAAUAUUUAGCAUACAA